CCUACAACUAUUACACACUGAAGCUCUUUGAUACUCUAUAGAACAUAGAGAUGCUUUUAACUCUCCAAGCAAAGCUCUCCAUCCACAACAGACCAAAACCAUCCCCAUCCUCACAGAAGUUACCCCCAAAGCAGCAUCAACAUCCACCAUCCGUACUCAAAAAACAUCCUUGGACCGUUUAGGUUGCUUCCGUGAAUCCUUCGAUACACAACGUGUCGUCGGGAAUCUGCUUGUGAAAAAUAAUAAUAAAUAAAAUUUAGAGAGAAAAAAAGAAAAAAACAUAUUCUAUAGCAGAUAAACUUAAACUCGCAGCGUGUUAAGGAUCCCAUCAACUCUAGUGGUGGUGUAAAUUUUAUCGUCAUUAGUUCUUUUUUUUUUGUAUUAAUAAAAAAAUAAGAAAAUAGCAAAACAUAAAACCCCAGUAUCGUGUUAAAUAAGUGCCAAGUUAGUGAGUUUUCCUUCUUUUUUAUUUUUGUUAAUUGAAAGGCGAGAUUGGAAACCUUUAACUUGAAGCACAUUUCAUAUAGUACCUAUCUAAAGGAAUGUAUCGCGUGCUCCAACAGAACGUUGCAGUGAUUUACUUUCGGUCGAUGUUCGUUUUCAAUGGUGUGAUGCUGCAGGGAUAUUAAUUACUGAUUCAUUCCCUCUCCAUGAGCAUUUCAUUUCAAGUGAAGCAACCCCAAUCGUUGUUGCUGUUGCACUGCACUGCAUCAGCAUCGUUUUUAAUUAAAACUCGUAAUUUGUAUCUUUUGCUUCGUUUUGUUUUAACAAUUAAUGUUAAAUAAUUAUGAGCAUCCCCUGCUACAGGGUUGAUUAUCUCGACGGAUCAACAUCAACAACAACAACAACAGUGACCGACCAUGGUCAAUGCGUGUUUUACGUAUAAUGCGUGUUAUGCUUUUGUAUGUGUGUGUGUUUGUGAUGAAAAAAAUUAAGUUACAUCCGGCUGUGAUAUGUUGUUGAACAACGACGUGCUGUAAAUUCAAGUAUUUUUUGUGUCAAUACAGUCCCAUCAGUAAAUAUCGAUGUAAAUAUUUCAGAUUCUUUGGGUAAAUAACAAAAAUAGCUACUCUUGAAAAGAGAAAGAGAGGAAAAACCAAUAAAAAAGAAUCAGAAGGAUACAAGAACAUACACAAAAGUGAUAAAGAUGCAGUCCAAUUUGUUCACUUUACUUUGGCGAAGAAAACUUUCUGUACUUCUUAUCACGUCAAGUCUGCUCUUACUCGGCCUCUGGACUUGGGCACUAUUCAACGGAACCUAUUCAACAGCCGAAUCAAAUGGUCGAGAUAAAUUAUUUUUCAUAAAGGAAUUCAAUAGCGGUGCAUCAAAUAAGAACGAGUAUCUCAUACAAAAACUUAUUUCGCAAGCUAAUCGAGUCCUUAGAUAUCAACGACAGCAAACAAGUGACCUUUCUGCAUCUGAAUUAGCUGCCUUAUCAUCAUCGAAUAGUGCUGCUGGCCUAUCAUCAUCAGCAUCAUUAUCGUCAUUGUCAAAUAAUAAGGCAAAUAAAAUCGCCAAUAACAAUAAAAUUGGCAGUGUACAAUUUGUGAAAUUCACCCAGAAUCCAGUGUCAACAUCGUUAGUUGAACGAAGAAAAAAAUCAUCAGCCGGUGGGGCUGCACUGGGUGAGAGUUUCCUUUUUGAAGAGGAACGUUUGAAAAUUCUGCAAAAUAAACAAAAAGUACAAAACGACGACAACGUCAUGGACUAUGAGAGAAUUUUAUCGUCGGCCGAACGUCAAUCCCAGUACGAGCAUGAACUACAACGAAUGGGAGUACCAAUUAUGGCUGGUAUCGGUCCAGGAGGACCUCAUCCGCCUAACGAGCGUUUGGUGCAUUUAGAUUUGAAGGGAGCACCACCAAAGUUGUCCUUUCUGAAACGUCUCCUGCCAAUUGUGAAAACUCUAGGAGCAACAGGACUUCUUAUUGAAUAUGAAGAUAUGUUUCCCUAUACUGGUUCCUUACAACCUCUGGCCGCCCUGAAUGCUUACAAAGCUGACGAACUCAAGGAUUUUCUUGAAUCAGUUGCAAUGCAUGGUCUAACAGCGAUGCCGCUAGUUCAAACCUUCGGGCACAUGGAGUUCGCUCUAAAGCUACAGGGAUUUGAACAUAUGCGAGAAAUUCCCGAAUCGCCUCAGUCCAUUUGCCCCAGCCAAAAAGUAUCAAUGUCCUUCCUUCAAGAUAUGUUGACACAAGUGAUUGAGUUUCAUUUAAAUGUUAUUGGAGACAGUUAUUUGCAUGGAAAUAGCAGCAGCAGCCAGUCACAUCAUGGAGAGCAGCAACCCCAACAGCAUCGUCCUCCGGCAUCGCAUCAUCAUCAUCAACAUCAGCAGUCGCAGCAACUGAGAUUUAGUCACAUUCAUAUUGGUUGUGAUGAAGUCGCUCGCAUGGGCGAGUGUGAUAAAUGUCGACAACAUUCUCGCAACGAGCUCUUCCUAUCACAUGUGACAGCUGUUUCGAGCUUUGUUCGGGCGAAAUGGCCACAGUUGAAGGUUGUUAUCUGGGACGACAUGCUUCGUGAUAUGACUUUAAGUGAAAUGCAACACUCGCACAUUGGAAACUAUGUGGAGCCAAUGAUUUGGGUUUAUGCCAGCGAUGUUUAUAGAUUUAUACAGCCUCAGUUAUGGGAUAUGUAUUCUAAAGUUUUCCCAACGGCAUGGGGAGCGUCAGCUUUUAAAGGGGCCUUUGGCGAAAGUCUGAUGAUUCCUUUUUUACAAAGACACUUGGACAAUAAUAUGCGAUGGCUUGCUGUGAUUGCCAGAGAGGGUGGGAGGUUCUCAAAAGGAUUCAAGGGAUUAGCAUUGACUGGUUGGCAACGUUAUGAUCAUUUUGCAACACUUUGCGAACUAAUGCCAAUUGGAAUGCCCAGUUUGAUAAUAUCUUUGGCAACAGUAUCAAAAGGCUACUUUGAAGUUGACCCUAAAGAAAAUGAUAUACUUAAGGUGCUAGAAUGUGCGUUUCAUGCAGAUAGUCGGCGUUCUGGACAUCCAUGGAUUGAACUACAGAGCCAGUCGCAUUUUUGCAAACUUUUCACCACAUGCACAUAUCCCGGAAGUCUUACAUACAAAUUUGCUUUACGGCUCUACGACAAGCAAAUAGAAGUUCAAAAUUAUUUAGUUCAUGUACAAGAAAAAAGUGCCUGGAUGUCUGACUAUAAUGUCCGGCACAAUUUCAGUUCUCCAUUGCGUGUCCACGAGUUAACAGCAAACACCCCAUCACUAAUUGAUGACUUGGCGACAAUGGCUAAAGAAGCACAUAGUGUUAUGGCCGACGUCUUUGACGAGCAUACAAUAGCAGAAUUUAUCGAACAGAAUAUCUAUCCGCAGAUUAUUUCACUGCGAAAACAUAUUGAAAAAGCUCAGAGUUUACUGCAACGUCAAGUGUGGCCCAGGCGGCCACUGCCCUAUUCUAGAGAACUCGUCCAGUUUGAUCUUAUUCCAAAUAAUGAACAACCGGAUAAUAAAUAAUUUGAUAUUUUUGUAUCAUUUUUGUUAUACUUUUAUUACUCUAUAAAAAAAUCUUUUUCUCUUAACAUUUUUCACAUCAUAACACAGUUACAGUUAAACACAAACACAAACUAAUAAGCAUAGUGUAUAAAAUAUCUUCUUAUUAACAAAAUAUUAUUUAAGUUUUUAUUGAAAUGAUUUUUUUUUUUUUGUUUUAAAUUGUUAUUGAAAGACA